UUUGCUGUUAAUAUUUUCAUAUUUGAAUAGGAAAUUCUGCUUUUCUUAGUGUUAUUUACUAAUAUAAUACAUACAGUGAGUCAAAAAAGUAUUGGCACACCCAGUUUACUUUGAAUAUCUUUAAACAAUAACAUAAUCUAUUAAUAUUAACUGUGUCUUUUGACACACAUAAAUAGUAUGCUUACUGAGAAUUCUAAGCUAUUUGUUAUAAGGAAGUAAAGUUAAAAAAAGGACCAAACAUCGAUAGUCAAAAAAGUAUUGGCACAUGUACGAUCCUGCUAUAAGGACAAGUGUUACUUGCUUUCGUAUGCAACAAAUUUAGUUUUAAGAACAUAAACAUAAGCAGAGGAAAGCACAGAUGUGAAAAUCACUUUUAGAACAAUACCCUAUGGAGGUUGUAGGUCGCAUAUAAGCCUAAAGCAAGGUUCGUUAAGUACUUUGGUGGAAUAUCAGGUUGUAAUGUUGCUGACUCAAGUUCGAAUCCUAAUUAAUGUUUCUUUUUUCAAUUUUGUAUCAUAGAAAUAUACUUUUUAUAUAUUACGUAUUACAUACUGUAUAGUAUGUAUUACGUUAUGCAUAUUUUAAGGUUGAAAUACAUUUUUAACGUAACAUAUCAUAGCGGAAUACAUACUUGCUGUGGGUGAGUAAAUCUUUACAACGAUUUCAGUUUUUACAUUUUAUAUUUCACAAUGUUUCAAAAAUUCUAAACAAAAUUUAGAGUAAUAUAAGUUAUAAGAACAGAAAAACAUAAGAGAUUUGGGGAUCAUGUACAUUUUAUUAAUGCUGCUUUGUUAAACUUACAAUACAUCAAAGUGGUUGGAAAACAUAUUUCACUGACGUUUUUAAAAUGUGGUUUUUUCAUGUCAGAUAAUCCUGCCACGUACCAGACAUAGAGGCAGGCAUGAGACUUACUCACCCACAGCAUAUGUUACAUUAAAAAUUAAUUUCAACCUUAAAAUAUGCGUAAGGUACUACGUAAUAUACAGUAUAUAAUAUGUAAUAUAUAAGAAGUAUAUUUCUAUGAUACAAAAUAAAAGAAAAAACAUCAAUCCGGAUUGAACCUGGGCCAACAGCGUUACAACCUGAUACCUCUACCAAUGUACCCAACGAAACUUGCUAUAUCCUUCUAUUAUACAUCUCUUAAGAACACAUAUGAAAAACUUUAAACCAAAAUAUCUUGAAAACGAAGGCCCAUUCUGGAAAAAGCCAAAAUGGUUUUACAGUAGUACAUGCAUAUUACAACCUUCAUAGGGGUCAUUUCAAAAGUGAUUUCCACAUCUGUGCCCUUUGUCAGUUAACACAAUAUGUGUUUACACUUUGAACAAUAAUCAAGAUUAUGAAGAAAAGCGAGUUAUCAUUGUGCAUGCAAAAUAAAAUUAUUUCAUUAUACAAAAGUGGUGAAAAUUACUGAAGAAUCGGCGAUUCAUUAACUUUAAGUUUCUUGACAGUGAAAAAUAUAGUACAAAAAUUUAAGGAAACUGGUAGCUUCGAAAAUAAAUCGCGAUCUGGUCGUCCAAAAGUAUUUACAACUAGAGAACAAAGAGAUAUCGUCAAAGAAGCAAUGAAAAAUUCUUUUGUAAUUCUUUUGACUGCCCAAACAGUCUGAAAUGUUUUACAAUCUGUGGAAAUUUAUAAUAGAGCAACGAGAAGAAAACCGUCCAUUAAUGAGAAGAAGAAAAGAGAGAAAUGGCUCGGGUUUUAAAAAAUCAGAGUUGUAAGACAAUGGAAUUUUUGGAAGACAGUUAAUUUCUCAGAUGAUCGCAAAAUUAAUCUUUUCGGCUCUUAUGGAAAAAGAUUUGUAUAGAGGAAACCGAACACCGAAUUAAAUCAAAAGAAUAUUAUCUCUACAGUGAAAGACAGUGGUGGUCAUAUCGUGAUGUGGGGCUGUAGUCAUACCAUUUGGUAUACUAAAUUUGGUUUUUAUGGACAGUACAAUAAAUGCAUGCGUCAACGAGUGCACCAAAAAUGGGCAUAAAUGAAAUGUUCCUUUUCUAACACGACAACGACUCGAAGCACAUGGCAAGGAAAACAAAGGAAUGGUUAUUGUAUAAUGUACCUAAACAACUCCUUAGACUACUCCAUUCGCCGGAUAUUAACCCAAUAGAAAAUCAUUGGCAUAUUUUAGAUUUAAAAAAGUGGUCUAACAUUUCAUCGGAACUUAUGCAAAAACUUGUCGAAUCGAUUCCUAAUCGAUUACAGGCCGUAAUUAAGGCCAAAGGCAUGUACACCAAAUAUUAAUGUGUAUGGCCUUUCGGCUAUGAAGAUUUUGUAUUUUAUCAUAGAGUAGUAGGAAAAAUAUGGUCUUGUUAUUGGGAUGAUUGUAAAUCAACAUCAAAAUUAAAAGAAGCUAUUGCAAUACCAACGAAAUCAGCAUUAUGCAGUGCAUCUACAACAUCUGAGAAUAUGUCAAAUGAAUGUAUUUCUAGUACUAUUUUAGGUAUGAAUCAUUCAGAAAGUAUUGAUAGAGUAAAUAAUAGUUCAAACACGAUGGAAACAAGUACUAAUCAUGUACAAAAUUCUGAUGAUAAAGAAUCAAAUAUAUUAUUACACGUUAAUAAGACAGAGCCAUGUAAUGUGAAUAAUAGUUUAAGCAAAAUAUCUACCACUGGUUUAAAUUUAGAUGACAGCAGUUUACAAUUAGUUAAUAACAGCACAAAGAAUAUGAAAAUUGAAAAUGAAUUUGUAAAUUCAUUGGAUGUACAUGUUAAAGAAGAAAAAGUUUCUUGUACACAAAAUAUUAACAAUUUAAGAGGAAUUCCUAAGAUAACAAACAUUGAAAAAACAAAUAUUGAUAUUUCUAAUAUUGUAAUAGGGAAUAAAAAUUCUGUUAACAAAGAUUUAGAUACAAAGAUUUCAAGUAUUAAUAAGACUGCAGAUAAUAUAGGAGGAAAAUUAACCUUAACAAAUAGUGAACUAUUUUCCAAUGAUUUAUUAGAAUCUGAAAAAGUAGUAAAUUCGAUACCACUUGAAAAUAAUCAACUUAAUAAUGAAGUAACAGCAACAAAAUCGAAUUUAAAUGUAACUAUGAUGGAAAUAGAUGGUUUGCCACCAAUAACAUUAUCUUUUGAAAUUCCUGCAAGUACAAUUCCUGAAACUGUAACGUCUAGCACACAACAAACAAAUAAUUGUAUAAUUAAUGCAAAAUCAAAUAUUUCAAAUGUGGAAAGUAUGUCUUUAAUACGAAAUGUAGCUAGUGGUAAACAGUAUGCAAAAUUCAGUUUUAAUGCUCUUAAGAAAAAAACCGAGCUAAAUAAUUCUGUUCAUACUAUUAAUACUGAUUCGUUGAAUACAAAAUCAAAUACUAAAAUCCGAGAUGUAGAAAAUGAAGUAGAAAAUUGUACAAAGAACGAAAAUACAAAUGAAUAUUUUAUUUCAAAUCAAAGUAGCAAUUCUAUAACAACAAAUAAUUUUCUAAGUCAAGAAAAUAUAACAUCUUCAGGAAAUACUAGUGUCAAUAUAAAUACUGUCUUAGAAGAUUUUUUAAGGGGUGAUUAUAGUGUUUCUGAAGAUAUAAACGAUGAAUGGCUAAAUUCAUUAUUGACUGAAUAACUCGAAAUGUAAAUCACAAUUUGUGUCUUUACUAAAGCAUUAUUAAACAUUA